AUGAAUUAUAUACCAGAAACAAAACAAGCUAUUGCAACAACAAUAGAAUUUAUUAUUGAAAGUUUAGAGAGUUAUAAUAUGCAGCUAAUUUCAGCUCAAAGUAAUUAUGCCUCUAACUUGAGCAUGGAACUGUCUAAAUCCAUUGAAAAAAUUAAUUCAUCGCAACAAUCUUACAAAAAUAUCUAUAUGCUCCUUCAGGAAAACAGAAUUUUAAGCGGUACAUUUUUCCAAGUAAUAUUAUAUAUUUCUAAUAAAUUUGAAGCCAUUGACUUAUUUAUCAAACACUUGACUCUAAAUUCUUUUGAUGCUGAAUCUCUGUAUCAAGAAUUUGAAUGGAAUAAUCUAAAAAAAAGCCCAGUCAAAAGCUUAAUAUCUGAAAUUUUGACGAUUGAGAAUAGAAUAAAAAGUAUUUUAUCAAGUUGAUCAGAUUCACCAUUGAUGCCUUUUAAAAUUUCUGUUAUUCAUCCAGAUGACUAUAAAGCAAAAUGGGAUGAAGUCAACGUUUUGAAAGCCGAAAUUGGAAAGAUUGAUGAUAAUUAUCACAAAAUACUAUCUAUUUAUCCACCUUCGAUCAAUAUGAAAACUAUUGAUAGUCUUGCUUUAAUUUUUUUACAAAAAAUCUAUGGAGAAUUUUUAAAUAUAAGAGAAUUACUCAAAGAAUUGUUAGCUCAAAAAGAGAUUAAUCUUAAUCGCUAUGAAAAGAUUUUAAGCUUAUACUGGAAAGGAGGAACCUGCGAUAUAGUGAUUACUUCAUUUGACCCCAGAAUGAGAGAAAUCACAAUUGAUUCCACUGUAACUGAUGUUGCUAAAGAAAUGCCAGGUUCAAUUGGUCCAUGCUCAUCUAUUAUAGCUUUACCAAAUUCUGAAAUUUUUUGUUAUGGUGUGCAUGAUAUUUAUGAGUGUUUUAUCAUGGACUGUAAUCAUCAUAUAAAGAUUAUUCCAAUUACGCAUAACUGCAAAUUUGCUGGAAUUGUAUAUUUUGAAAGCAACGUAUUUGUCUUUGGAGGGCAGACGAGUUGGAAACCCCACCGGCGAGCAAGAAAAUACAAUUUUGCUAUGAAUAGCUGAGAAAAAUUAGCAAUGAUGCCAAAACCUGCUUCCUCAUGUGCGUGCUUAAUAUAUAAGCAAAAAGUUUUACUUUCAGGGCGUGAGCAUAGAUUUCUGUACCUCUAUGAUAUUAAAUUAGAUAGCUAUUCUGAGAUUGUUAAUGGAUUAGGCAAAUCAAAUAAGGUGCUGCUUGGUUCAGACUCAAAAGUAUAUAUUAUUGAAGAAUCUGGGGGAAUUUAUGAAAGUGAAAGAGAUAAUGAAUAUAAAUUUAAUAGGGUUGGUAAUUCUUCGCUUUGCAAUGGUUCUGGGCAAAGCAAUUGAGUUAACAAAUAUGGCUCAAUUUAUUUCAGCAAAUGGAUUGAAAAUCACGGGAUUAAUUAUUAUUGCUUCGACCUAAAAACAAAAAAGAUAACUCUCGUGAAAGACUUGAUAUGGCAAGUUUAUUUUCCUUAA